AUGUGGAAAGCCCCUUCUCUACCAUACUACUGUGACCCCUCCCUCUUGCCUGGCCCCCUUCCCACCACCACGGAUAUCGAAAAUGCACCAUGCACUCUUGUGGACCGAUCGUCCAGGGUUGUUCGGGUUGGAGACCAUUUCGUCGCCAAAUAUGGUCCACAAACAAAACGCCGCAUCCAGGAAGGCUACAAUAUGAUCUUCGUCCAUCAGAACCUCACUAUUCCGAUACCGUUGGUGUACGCUUUGUAUGAAGAAAAAGGAACUGCCUACCUCCUCAUGCAGAAUGUUGCUGGACACACACUUGAACAUUUGUGGCCAAGCCUGCAACCUUGCCAUCGGCGUGCAGUUCUGAGCAAGUUGAGGAAGAUUCUUGAUGAGAUAAGAUCUCUACCACCGCCGUCACCUGAAUUCUACGGCAGCGUCGACUACGGGCCACUCCCAAAUUUUCUCUUUUGGACCCCAGAACCUCAGGCGAAAGUCAAUGGUCCCUUUCUCACUGAGAAGGAACUUUGUCUUGGCCUGGUAGAGAAGCUCCGUCAGAUAUGUGUUGACAAUAACCGACAUACUUCUCGAGUCGAAUGGUUUCGAACACACCUGCCCGCAUCCCUCACAGGCCACCACCCUACAUUUACACAUGGAGAUAUACAAACUAAAAACAUCAUGGUCCAGAGGACGCGCUCCAAGAUUUCAGGUGAUGAGGACUUCAGCCUGGUCAUCCUUGAUUGGGAGGACGCAGGCUGGUAUCCCUCCUUCUUUGAGUACUUCUUGUGCUACACUACUUUUGUCUGGGAGGACGACUGGCCACAAAUGGUUGAGACAUGUCUCGAACCUUUUCCCACCGAGACCUUGGUGGUAAUGCAAAUCUACCAUGACAUUUUUCUGUAG